ACUGAGCUGAACGGUCGCUACUGCGCACUGUUGCUACUGCGCAUGCGCCGGCGAGCAACACGUUACUUGCCGAACGCGAGCACGCGCGGGUGAGGCACUGUCGUCCGUGACCCAGUGUGGAAGCGAGGUCGUUUGCCAGUAUUCCCUGAGCGACGCUACGAAAGCGAAACGCCGUUUCCUCCCUCCUCACCCCUCCCCCUACACUGGCGACCAUGUGCUCGCAAGGACGCGGCAACUUGCCAAGCGCGACCGUGAUGAGCUGAGUGUGUGUACGAGAGGCCAGAAGGCGGCAGUCAGCUGUUUCCCGUCGUACCACGCGCGCCACCUGCCUCUGGCUAGUAUGUGCAAUCAACAGGCGGGCUAUGUUGUGACGUGACACUCGGCCACCGGGCCCCUAUUCUUCAGCGCUGCUGAUCACGUGACUGAGUUAUCAGUUAUCAGUCUAGCGCGCCGCGGCGUCCAGUGGUUGCUGUGCUACCGGCACCUUGAACAAGUGCUUCCCGCCGACCGCCAAGUGGUCGCGAGCGCGCUUUGUUGUCGGUCCCGUUCUCGCUGCCGCCUCUGGGAUAUCGACCCGACCGAGGGCGGCGUCGGCCGGCCUUCCUCGCAAGACCACGUGCUCUACUCACACGCACAGAUUUCUGGCGUGCCUGUUGCACCUUCUCUGCAACUAGAAGGCCGGGGCAGGACAGUUCAUGAUUUACUGUGCUUUCCUGCAAGGACAUAGGAUAGGCUGAUAAAUCAGUUUAAGAGCACCAGAGCAAAGCGAGCCCUAGCGCGCAGCAUCUACAGCAACAGCACACGCUGACGCAGCGGCGCGGUCAUCAGCAGCAUGCGCAUGGCAGCUGGCGGGCGCGCUGGUCGGGCAUGAAGCUGAAGGAACGCGUGCUGCUGGGCGUGAGCGCGGCCACGGUGCUGGCGACGCUGCUGCUCGUGGUGGACCUGCAGCUGGAGCUGGGCGUGUCGGGCCGCCACCUGCUGCCCAGCCACGGCCGCCACCGCCUCGCGCCGCACGCCAACACCUUCCGGCACCGCGUGCUGCAGCGCGCGCCCGCCAACGGCUCCGAGCGAGAGGCCUCCAACAGCUCCGAGGCGGCCGCGCGCACUGCCGCCGUCGCCGUCGGCAUCGGCCGCGCCCCCACCGAAGGCCCGCACGACGAGUUCAGCGACCUCGUCGACUACGUCGCCAACAACGGCGAUGUCGGCGUCGUCGAGUCGUCGGCGGCGCGCCUCUCCGCCGCCGCCGCGGAGCUGUUCGGCGCGCGCCGCAACCCCACCAUGGCCGAGCUGGUCGACUUCCCCGACAGGUGA